UUUUCCUUCGUAAAGAAUAGUUAAAUCUCCAUCUGAAUAUUCACAAGUUCGUGAAAACUUUAAUUCGAAAACAAUUAACGAUAAUCUAAAGCCUCUCCGAGUUGGCAUUUCCCCUCCGCGAUGUCGCGUAAUCCCGCAUUUUUCGAAAUGUCGGAGAGCCCCUUCAAAGUCUACGAGAGCAACCACUUGGACUGGGAGACGCCGAAGAGCUCCCACCAACACCUGAAGAGAACUUUCAACAGCAUCGAGAAUCACGAUGUCAAGAUAAAAUGCUGGUCCCAAUUGUUCCUGAGCAAAUACUCAAAUCAACUGAAUUGCCAGGCCACUGAGACCCCCCCAACUAGAAAAUUGGACUCGAGCGAGCCCCUCGCGCCAAUUAAACAUCGCAGAUCCAUCAACAAGUCCGAGCUGAAGCCGAAAAAAUUAAUUUUCAAGGAUCUCGAGGAUUACGAGUCAGGCAUUGUGGGCUUACUGUCCCCUUUGAGCCUAAAAUCCAAGAAAAAAAUCGUCGUAAGAAGUGACGAUCAAAGUACAGGUGAACUAUUAGUGACGAAAGAGAGAAAACAAAGGUUGAAGGAAAGUGGAAGGUCGAGGGUGCUGCAGCAGCCUCCUAGUGACGACAAGGAAAACCGCAUUGAGAGUCUGAGAAACAGAAACAAAGAGAUGAGUAAACAACCACUAAAAGAACAACCCAAGGCAAAUCCCAACGACAGAGGACUCAAACACUUGAGAAUAUAAUUCUCUCCAAUUCAUUUCCCCAGAGAAUAUCAACAAUUCAAUUAUUGAAUAUGACUUCAAUGUGUUAGUUUGUUGUGUAAAAAUAUCAUUGCAAAACAGUGCUUCAUAACCCCAAGAUUCAACUGCAAACGUCUUUCUGUUAUAGUAAUCCGUUGAGAUUCAUUUUCCCAUUGAAAUUAAAAAGA